AGCUCAGACAGAGAAGACGGAGAGCGCUCACAUGAACGGUUUGUCUGUUCCUCCACCUUCAAGACAGGAGCCCUUGUCUUCUCCUCUCCCUGCUAAAGAUCAUCGCCCUCGAUAUGAUUGGUUCCAGACAGAUGGCACUGUCAAUAUCAUUGUUUACACCAAACGAAAGAUUCCCAGUGCUGGCUGUGCAGUGGUGGAUCUACAGGGUGAUACUCUUCGGGUGGAGAUGCUUUUGGGGAGGAUGUCGUACCUUCUCUACUGGCGCCUGUCUAGUGAAGUUCAAGGACGUGUUGAUGUCCAGACAGCCCACUCUGUAGGAAAAGUUCAGGUGUGUCUACACAAAUCUGUCAAAGACAAGUGGACGAAAGUGGGGCAACCACUAGAACACCAUGACACAUUUAUUCAGUGUAAAGAUCGUGAGCUCUCCUACAGGGAAUGCAUGUUGGUUUCGAAAUCAGACGUCACACACGACACGCAGGUCUUGUGUUUACAACUUCCUCCAGGGUCAAAUAUGCAAGUUCCUGUGGGAAGACACGUCUACCUCAAAACAUCUCUCCAGGGUACAGAUGUUGUGAAACCCUACACACCAGUGGAUCAGUCGCUAAUACCUCCCUCACAAUCCAGUGCUGAAAUGGGCUCAGACUUAAAUCUUAUGAUAAAGAUCUAUUCUGAUGGAUUGUUGACCUCACAUCUCGCCAGCCUUCCUAUUGGAUCCUCUCUGUCAGUAGGUGGUCCUGAGGGGUCCUUCAGUAUGCAAAUCCUGCAUGAUGUCACUCAUCUCUACAUGUUAGCAGCCGGCACAGGCUUCACACCCAUGGCUCGUCUCAUACGGCUGGCUCUACAAGACCUCACAUCAAUCAGAAAAACCAAGCUUAUGUUCUUUAACCGUCAGGAGCGGGACAUACUUUGGUGCUCUCAGCUGGAUGAACUUUGUACAAAAGAGGAAAGGUUUGAGGUGCAGUACGUUCUGUCGGAGCCUACAGACUCUUGGAAAGGCAGAAGAGGGCGGAUAGAUGCUUGUAUGCUGCAGAACUUCCUGGAGAGACCAGAAAAAGCCAAGUGUUUAGUGUGUGUGUGCGGCCCAACCAGAUUCACAGAGUUAACAGUGCAAUUGGUCAGACAGCUGGACUUCAGUGAAGAGGAAACUCACAUUUUUCAGGGCUGAUUGGGACACUGAAGUGAAACAUGGAUUACUUAUACACAUACUUUCCAGGCAAAACAAAAGCUGCAACGCCGUUCUUCUGUUUUCAUAUAAUUUGUAGAAAUCUAAUGGGACAAUCAAAAGCCUGCUCUGACAAACAUCAUAAGUUUGUUUCUUAACAUUUCUAUUAUAUUAUUAUUAUGAUUUUGUAAUUUAAAAUAAUGCUCAAUAAUUCUCCUAGGUCAGUUUUUACAAUAAAACAUAUGAUCAGUUGUGUUUUCUGCAUUUGUUUUCAGAUAUAUUCAUGACAUGGACGAUUUAGAGCACUUGUGUAAUGCAGCUAAAACAUAACUUAAUUGAGGAAGCAAUCCAUGCAAACAGUUUUGUUGCUGUGUCUUCAUAUAGCAAAUUGAAAUGGGUCAGUAAAUCAGGUUGCAAGAGAUGGCCUAUUUUACAAGUAAAGUUAUUGCUGUUUGGAAGUGCUAAUCUGACUGCCGAAUUAAAGUUUAUUUUAUCUCAGUGUAUAUGUACAGAUAACAUUGUAAUAUGUUAAAUUAUCAAACUGGAAUUCAAUUUCCCUACAGAAAUGUAAACUCCAGAAAUAUAAUUUGUGCCUCUAGUGCUGUUGUGUCUCAACUGAAAUCUGUAAACUUGUAUCACAGGUCUGAUGUCAGUUUAGAAGGGGAUGAAAAGUUUAAUUGGGUAAACGAAAUUUAUUUUAGCAAAGCACUUUCUGUUAUGCUCUUGAAAUUAUGGAUGGAGAAACGAGGACUCUUGAAUCUUUGAAACUUUUCGACCAUAGGCUUAUAUAAAAAAAAUCUUAGUAAAUGGACUUGAACCUCAAUAACCAGUAGAGAACUGGUCUGGGUUCAAAUAUUCCGACACGCAAGUGGUGCUUUUUCACUGCAUGGUACGAUUCGGCUCGGCUCGCUUGCUUUUCCACUGCAAUUAGUGGGUGGGAUUAUAAACUAGUUGGGCCGCCUCUGCUGCCGUGACAUUGAAAACGUGAAAAACAAGAGCAAUGGAGCCUAUCGAUGGAAUGGUGUUCUUGAUUCUCAGCAUGUGGAUGUUUUUCACUGCAAGACGAAGAAGUUUGUUUCAAAGGAAGCUGAUGGCAACAAAGCAAAAUACAAGAGAGUCUGGGAACUUGUACAGCAAAGCGUAGAUGGUAACAUCACUUGGUUUGCACGAUGGUGUGCAAGGGUAAACUAAUCUUGCAUUUAGCAAUGUGUUUAGGGUCUCAAUCGCUAUAUCACCACAAAGCAUAUAAUGAACUUAGCUGCCAAUAUUGCGUAUUAAAAAAAGUAUUUUGUGUAUUUCAGAUCUAUCAUAUUUUGCAAAGUCGCCCCACCACAGACCAUCUCGCUGGACAUUUAACCGAGUGGUAGGAUGGGAUUGUCCCCGGUUUUACAAUCUCUCAGUGGCUGGAGAACUUUAGAAUGUCUAAUGAAACGUUUACCUACUUGUGCAACAACCUGCGUCCAGCGAUGGAGAGACGGGACACAAACUUCUCUGUGUGUGUGUGUGUGUGUGUGUGUGUGUGUGUGUGCCUUUAAAGAAGAGAGU